AGCGGCUAAAGACUUCAAAGACUUUGCACACAUAACACGUACACACAGACACCUCUCUCUCCCUCUUUCUCUCAAGAAAAACUCUCUUCUUUCCUAGCAUUUCUUCUUGUUUUCUUUCUUUCAUUUAUGGACAAAGGAUGGGGUCUAACCCUCGCUUCUGAUCCUGUUUCUGUCUUCUCUAGCAACAACAACAACAGCCCAGUUGGCUCUUUUUUGAAGAUCAAAAGAGACUUCAUUAGUGAUCAUAACAUGGAUCAUUCUAGGAACAAUAAUAUGUUUCAGUUUCCAGGUAGUCUUUCUGCUGGCCAAGAUGAGCAACCACCUUCUGCUGCUCACGAAGUAGAUUUCUUUAAAGAAAGGAUAGAUAAGGUUGGUGACGAUGAUUCUAAGACCACAAGUGUUAUUGUCAAGAAGGAGAAUUCCAUUGCUGAACUUGCUCCAAGGUCUACCAGGACUGCUCUUGAUGUAAAUACUGGGUUGCACCUUCUUACUGCUAACUCUAGAAGUGAUCAAUCAACUGUGGAUGAUGGAGUUUCAUCUGAUGUUGAUGAUAAGAGAUCAAAGAACAACGAGAAGUUGGCACAAUUACAAAUGGAGCUGCAAAAAAUGAAUACAGAAAAUCAAAGGUUAAAAGACAUGCUUGGUCAAGUAACCACCAGUUACAGUGCUUUACAGAUGCAUUUUGCAGCACUAAUGCAGCAACAUCAACAACAAAAUCAUGGAAAAGAAAGCAAUAAAGAGCAACAGAAUUUUCAGGGAAAAUCUUCUGAGGAAAAGAAACAUGAGGACGUAGUAGUGCCCAGACAAUUCAUGGAUCUAGGCCCUUCAGCUGAGACUGAUGAACUAUCCAAUUCAUCGUCCGAUGAGAGGACUCGUUCUGGAACACCUCAAAACCAUAUUGAAGUUGCAUCCCCGAAAAACAAUGGUAAACUUCCAUAUGAUCAAGAAAAUUCUAGCUUCCGAGAUGGAAAAAGAAUUGGCAGGGAAGAGAGUCCUGAAUCUGAAUCACAAGCAUGGAAGGUUCAGAAAACGGAUCCUGCCAGUCCUGCUAAUAAGGCUAUAGAGCAAUCGACCGAGGCGACGAUGAGAAAAGCCCGUGUGUCGGUUCGUGCACGAUCGGAAGCUCCCAUGAUUACUGAUGGCUGCCAAUGGCGGAAAUACGGCCAGAAGAUGGCCAAAGGAAACCCGUGUCCGAGGGCUUAUUAUCGGUGCACCAUGGCAGUGGGCUGUCCAGUUCGAAAACAAGUUCAACGUUGCGCGGAGGAUAGAACAAUCUUGAUCACAACUUAUGAAGGGAAUCACAAUCACCCUCUACCUCCAGCUGCAAUGGCAAUGGCAUCAACAACAGCAGCAGCUGCAAGCAUGUUACUAUCAGGAUCAAUGUCAAGUGCAGAUGGCAUAAUGAACCCAAAUUUGCUAGCAAGAGCAAUACUCCCAGCUGGCUCAUCAAAUAUGGCAACUAUUUCAGCUUCAGCUCCAUUCCCUACUGUAACAUUAGACCUCACUCAUAAUCCAAACCCUCUACAGUUCCAAAGACCUCCUCCACAAUUCCAAGUCCCUUUUCCAGGCCAGCCCCAGAAUUUUUCCUCAGUCACAACACCACAAUUGCCUCAGGUUUUUGGUCAAGCCUUGUACAACCAAUCGAAAUUCUCUGGCCUACAAUUGUCUCAGGAAAUUGGGACUCCACAAUUAGGCCACCAAGCUCAACCCCACUUGUUGCACUCAGGACAACAACCUUCCCUAUCUCAGGACACAUUGAGUGCUGCCACUGCCGCCAUCACGGCCGAUCCUAACUUCACUGCAGCACUUGCAGCUGCCAUCAGCUCCAUCAUUGGUGGUGCUAACAGCAACACCACCAACAACAACAAUAACAGCAAUGCCACGAACAACACAAGCCACAGAAAUUAAUUAGACAUAUCUCUUAUCAAUUUUUUUGUUUUUUUAUGAAUAGUUAAUUACUUUGUUGUUAUCAAUAGUUGUUUUUCUCUUUCUUCCCUUCUUCCGAGGGAUGAAAAUGAGGUUCAGAUGUUCAUAGUUUCUUUUUUUUUUUCCUUGUUGGGGGUCGAAAGGAUAGAAAUUAAAGUAAACACAAGAUUUCCAUUCC